AUGGAAGAGGGUCGUGCUCUCUUUGCUCUUGAGACUGUAGCCUUUGCGGUCCAGAUGGAGUUCACGGUGAGGAAUCAGAUCGUUCACCUUAUUGUGAGGCGAUGCCCUAAACUGGACAGUCUGGUCCUCAGCUCCUGCUCUCAGGACAAGGACGACCAGGACACGGCCGCGGAGGUGCUGGCAGCCCUUCGGGGCUCCGCUGGCCCUGGCCCCGCCUGGCGGGACUUCCAGGCGCGACUCGGGGAGGAGGCCAAGUUCAUCCCCAGGAAAGAGCAAGUUAGUACCUUGUAUCAAAACAUCAACCUUGUGGAGCCGAGACUGAUUCAGCCGUAUGAACACGUUAUCAAGAACUUCAUCCGUGAGAUCAAACUUCAAAGCACAGAAAUGGAAAGCCUGGCCAUCGCGGUGAAGAGAGCCCAGGACAAGGCAGCCAUGCAGCUGAGUGAGUUGGAGGAGGAAAUGGAUCAGAGGAUUCAGGCUGCAGAACACAAGACUCGGAAAGACGAAAAACGCAAAGCUGAGGAAGCCCUCAGUGACCUCAGGCGUCAGUAUGAAACGGAAGUAGGGGAUCUACAGGUGACAAUAAAGAAACUGAAAAAGCUAGAAGAACAAUCAAAACAUGUAAGUCAAAAAGAAGAUGUGGCUGCAUUAAAAAGACAAAUUUAUGAUUUAUCAAUGGAAAAUCAGAAAGUUAAGAAAGAUCUGUUGGAAGCACAGACAAACAUAGCCUUUCUUCAGAGUGAAUUAGAUGCUUUGAAAAGUGAUUAUGCUGAUCAGAGUCUGAAUUCUGAAAGGGAUCUGGAAAUAAUCCGAGAGUACACGGAAGAUCGAAAUAGUCUUGAGAGGCAAAUUGAAAUACUCCAAACAGCUAACCGGAAGCUGCACGACAGCAACGACGGCCUGAGGAGUGCCCUCGAAAACACUUACAGCAAGUUCAACAGGUCCUUGCGUGUAAAUAAUACAUCGCCAGGGAAUACAAGUUCUAGGAGCAGUCCGAAAUUUAAUGGUCAUUCUCCUCAACCUCCGGGCUAUGACAGGUCCUCCCGCUAUUCCUACGUGGAUGAGGACUGUGACUCGCUGGCCCUCUGUGAUCCUAUGCAGAGGGUGAAUUGUGAAGUUGACAGCCUGCCUGAGAGCUGCUUCGACAGUGGCCUGUCCACCCUGAGAGAUUCCAAUGAGUACGACUCAGAGGUGGAAUACAAACACCCGAGAGCAUUUCCGAGGUCACAUGGCAUGCAGGAGAGCUCUGCUGGCGAUGCUUCAGACACAGAUGUUCCUGAUAUAAGGGAUGAAGAGACGUAUGGUUCGGAUGGUGUGGCUUCGGUCUUAGACUGGAAGCCCCCUGUUAGUGAAGGCAGCGUUGCUAGUUACCCAAGAAAGCCCAUCUUGGCACUUUCACCCCAGACAGACAUGGCGGAUGAGAACAGGUCUUCCAGCUCACAGAAGGCUUACAAGAUCGUGCUCGCGGGGGACGCCGCAGUGGGGAAGUCUAGUUUCCUCAUGAGACUUUGCAAGAAUGAAUUUCGAGGAAAUACAAGUGCCACACUGGGAGUUGACUUUCAGAUGAAGACCCUCAUUGUGGAUGGAGAGCGCACAGUCCUGCAGCUCUGGGACACGGCCGGUCAGGAGAGAUUCAGAAGUAUUGCCAAGUCCUACUUCAGAAGAGCAGAUGGAGUCUUGCUGUUGUAUGAUGUCACGUGUGAGAAAAGCUUUCUUAACGUACGAGAAUGGGUGGAUAUGAUUGAGGAUGCAGCCACCGAGAGUAUCCCUAUCAUGUUGGUGGGAAACAAGGCUGAUCUUCGUGAGUCUGCUGCUGCAGAGGGAGAGAAGUGCGUCCCAGCGUACUUUGGAGAAAAGCUGGCCAUGAACUACGGGGCACUAUUCUGUGAAACAAGUGCCAAAGAUGGUUCAAAUGUAGUGGAAGCUGUUCUCCACCUUGCCCGGGAAGUGAAAAAAAGAACUGAUGAGGAUGACAGCAAGUCCAUUACCAACCUGAGUGGGAGCAGUUCCAAACAGUCAUCCCACAUGAAGAAUUGUUGCAAGGGUUAAACACCAAACCCCUUGCCUUGUGAAGUCUUCAUUUCCGGAGUACAGAAUGUGUGUGACUUACUUGCUUCUCACAUAGCGUGAUGCAGCCUAUGGACACGGUCAUGUGGAGAGUUACAUGUGGAAGGUCUGGACCUUGCUAUGGGUCCCUCCAGAACCUCGGCUCUUCUUCGCUAUGUUCCCAUGAACAAUUUGGGCUCCCUGGUUAAAUAUACUUGUCUUGUCCUUACAGGGUUUUAAAUGAUAAUGUGUAAAUGUUUUUUUGCUCAGAUCAAAGCUGUAGAAGAAACUAAUAAUUAGAUUCAUGCAGGAGCUGACAAAACCUAUGACAGAAUUUCCUUCAGAUAUUUAAUACUAGAGUACUGAUAAAGAGGGUAAGGUCCUGGCUUUGCUGUUAACUAGGCUUGUGGUUGUGGACAUGUCACUAGCCCAUGUUAGUUCUGUGUCCUCAUCUGUAGAACAAGGCAGCGUGGCCUUGGCCCUCUCACAUUCUGUAGCCCCCCCCUUUUUUUUAGAAGUGAGAAAGAGAGUGUGAUAGCCCAUGGUUAAUAAAGACUCUGGUUGUUUGUACUUUUAAAA